UUCGCUUUCCUUUUUGCCCGCACAAUGUCACGGGUCAAUGAGACUCCUCUAGGAAAUUGAUUUAGUCUUCCGUUUUAUUGGUAAAGACAUCCUUGAGGGCACUGACACCACUUCUGGGAGUCAGUCGCAGGAGGUGAUGAAUCGCUGUGAGAACCAAUACUCCACAGCAACAUAUUUUCUCCCUGGCUUUUGAACUCUCUUGCCCAGCCUAUUACUACCUGGUGGGGAGAAAAAGAGCAAAUAGAUCAGUAAUUCCAUAUAAAAGUGCUCUGUCUACCUAUCUGUCUGUCUAUUAUAUAAGGCAUUCAAUUCAUUGGAAACAAAGAAAAUGGAAACAUAUGAUACAAAACCAAAUGUUGGAAUUUUAUUCUGCAGUGAAUGUAAUAAUAUGUUAUAUCCAAAAGAGGAUAAACACACAAAAACCUUAUUUUAUGCCUGUCGUAAUUGUGAUUAUUCACAGGAAGCAGAUAAUCCUUGUGUUUAUAUAAAUAAACUUGAACAAGAAGUUGAUGAAUUAGCGCUGAUCGUUCCAGAUGUUGUUCAUGAUCCCACUUUACCACGUACUGAAGAUCAUAUAUGUCGUCGAUGUGGUAAACAAGAAGCUGUAUUCUUCCAAUCGCAAACAUUGAAAGCUGAAGAAAAUAUGCGUCUGUAUUAUGUUUGUACCAAUGUUGAAUGUUUGCAUAAAUGGACUGAAUAAAUAUUGUACAUAUGUUUGUGUGUAUAUAUAUACACACAUAAAUUAUAAGAUAUUUUUCUAUCAAUAAAAUGUAUUCAUCAGAUAUAUAUAUUUGCU